AUGGGGUGCUGCCCAGGGGACUGCUUCGCCUGCUGCCCGCAGGAGCAGGACUGCUGUGACGUGUGCUGCUGUCAGCCCGCCUGCUGCAGUUGCUGCGGGCCUUGCUGCGCGUCCUGCUGUGGCUGCGGGGGCUCGGGCUGCGGGGGCUGCGGGGGCGACUGCUGCGGGUCUUCCUGCUGCGGAUCCGGCUGCGGAGGCUGCGGCGGCGGCUGCUGCGGAUCCAGUUGCUGCGGCCCCUCGGGGUGCUGCGGACCUGUGUGCUGUCAGCCCGCGCCUGUGUGCGACACCAAAUGAGCUCCUGUGUCCCUCCACCCAGACAGCCCAGUGAACACCUCCUUCUGCUCCAGGUGGAGACCCCUUGUCUCCAGGACCUUUCCUGCCCGGGGACCGCGGCCUGCCCCCCGUGCUAUUUAUGGAGGAGGGCUUGUUCUCCACGCCUGCCCUGGUGGCUGGAGGCCUGGAGGAGAGCCAGGCGUUGGUGAGGCCCACAAACCGGGUCCCACCCAAAGUGGUGCCGGAAGCUCAAAGGGUGAAUCCCCAUGGUUUUCCUUUCAAGAAGUUGAAUGUCUGGUCAUGAUAAGGCGUCCUCUUAUUCAAGGUGACUUUGGAAAUGACCCCUCCUCC